UUUUUUUUUUUUUUUUUUUUUUUUUUUCAACGUGUGUUAGAUGAUGUUGCGAGGCUACUUGAUUACGUUCAUCUUCAUCUUGUGGAUUGUUCUAGUAACAGCAGGAAAAGAUUAUUAUAGUAUCUUGGACGUGCCUCGUGAUGCACCUAAAUCUCAAAUCAAACGUCAUUUCAAGAAAUUAUCAAGAGUUUAUCAUCCAGACAAGAAUUCAGGUGAUGAACAAGCUUCACAGAAAUUUAUGGAAAUAGCCAAUGCUUAUGAAGUGUUGAUGAACGAUGAAAAAAGAGCCAUUUAUGAUCGUUAUGGCGAAGAAGGAUUAAAACAAAGUGGAGGACAUGGAGGAGGAGGAGGAGGAGUAUUCCAUGAUCCCUUUGAUAUCUUUUCUCAUUUCUUUGGUGGUGGUGGUGGUCAUAGACAUCAUCAACAGGAAAAGAGAGGCCCAGAUGUGACAGUUCCACUUCAAGUCACCUUAGAAGAUAUAUAUAGAGGCGUAGAAAUAGAGAUAGAUAUUAGUAAACAAGUCCUCUGUGAAUAUUGUCAUGGUAGUGGAGCUCGUCAGCCCGAAGAUAUUCAUACUUGUAAUGUCUGUGAAGGUCGUGGAAUGAUCGUUAAACGUGCUCAAGUGGGUCCUGGUAUGUUUCAACAAUUUCAACAAGUGUGUCAUCAAUGUGGUGGAAAAGGUAAAAUCAUUCAACAUGUCUGCACACACUGUGGAGGAAAGAAGGUGAAACGAGGAAAUGAAAAUUAUUCAAUUCAUAUUGAACGAGGCAUGAGUGAUGGAGAGGCAAUUAUUCUUGAAGAAGAAGGAGAUGAAUAUCCUGAUACCAUUUCAGGUAAUAUUAUAUUUGAACUAAAGACAGUCCCACAUGAAAGAUUUGAGAGAAGAGGCCAUCACUUGUAUACCAAACAAUACAUUACACUUAUUGAAGCUUUGACUGGAUUUAAAAAGACUUUAAAGCAUUUAGACGAUUCAGAGAUUGAACUCAGUAGAGAGGGCAUUACUCAAUAUGGAUAUGUGCAAACUAUUCAAGGUGAAGGCAUGCCAGAUAAACAGGAUCCUUCAAAGCAUGGAGAUUUAUUUGUAGAAUACCAAGUCGUAUUUCCUACCGAAAUUAGUAAAGAAACAAUUGACUACUUGAAGAAAGGGAGUACAUUUAAAGAGGAAAGAACUAAAGAAGAGCCUCAUUUAAUACAUCAGGAACUUUAAUCAUGUGUAGUUUUUUUUUCUCUCUUUUUCUUUCUUUCUUUGUACCUGUAUAAACAUAUUAAAACGUAUUUCUAUAAAUAUAUUCUACAGCAAAUACUCCUUAAUAGCUAUUAUUUGCAAAUAAUGAAAUCAGUUUUAUUACCUGAUUUUGCUAUAUUUCAUGAGAUAAACGGAGAAAAAAAAGUAAGAUUUAUAAAUUAAAAGCUACACAACAUAACGCUAUAAACAUGAAGACUGUGCACAAUUGAGAUUAUACUAACAAAGAGAAUAAUGAAAUACAUGUCAUAAUACACAUUAAAUGUUCCUUAAAAAAAA